AUGGCGGGAGAAGAAGAAUGGAGGAAGAAUGCGGAGACACACAAGAUGACUGCGGAGGAAGUGAAGGCGGCAGGAGUGGAAGCCUCCAAGAGACCCCCUGGCAGCGGCCGCCCUCCCGGAGGAGUCCUUCACCAGAGGAGAAACCUUCCCUUCAGUUUCACCACCAUCACUCUCACCGGUUUGGUCCUCUCCGCUGCCCUCGGUUAUUUCGUCUUAUACGUCCACAAGAAGCCCGACGCCACCGCCUCCGAUGUUGCUAAGGUUGCUGUCGGCGUUCCUGACGCCCACAACAAUACUCGACCCGGCAAAUAG